UGCUGAUUUGUCUCCUGUGCAUUUCUGGGAUCGGCCAGGUUCCCUUCUGGAUUCUCUUUCUAUUGGGAGUGAGGCGUAUGACAGUGAACUCAAUGAUCCCCACUAUGACCAGAGUCUGCUUGAAAGUCUUUUUUACACCACACCUAAGUCAGAUUCCAGUUUAAGUGAUUUCCUCAGUGAUGAAGAUGUGAACCCUUCCAAAAAAGGAAGCAAAACAAAAACUGUGAAGAAAGCUGAUGCUGUGAAUGCACAGAAGGAUUCCACUGCCUCAGAUCAGGAUCAGAAGGUGACAGAAAUUAAACCCAGCUGCUCUUCUACCAGACAGUUUGCUCCUCCACAUGUUGACACAGAAGAAGCUCAUGUCACAGCCUUGAGUGUUGACAGGUUGGCUUUGCUGGGGAGAAUACACCUGGCCAGAGUCAUCAUUGAGAGCCUGAGAAUCUCUCUUGAAAGCAACCAGACUACAUCAAGAAAGAAAGGUUUAAUGGGGAAGCCUCCGAGGCCUGCUUCAGUUAAUAAGUGUACCUUCUUUGUGGAGUACAGCUUUCCUGUGGGAGCCUCCAAGAAUGAGAAAGGCCAAGUCUCCUUAACGACAGAAUUAACUCGAAUAGCUUCAAGUAAAAUCACAGACGGCGUGGUGAAAUUCCAGCAGCGAUUUGUGUUCCCUGUCCGUUUUGGUGGAACCAUGAUAGAGCACUGGUGGAGCUCUGACCUUGCUUUUAAAAUCUACAUGCGAAAAAGCACACAAAGAAAGCCAGUGGCCAUUGGCUCAGCAGUGCUUCAGCUGUGCAAGGUCAUUCAGUCAGAACUCCUCACCUUCAGCUGUGAAAUACCUGUAGAAAAAGAGGGAGAUCAGAUACAAGUUGGACCCCUGAAGUUAUCAGUAGAGCUUGCAGCUGACAACAAGGACUUCACCUACACCACUGCCAGGUGCUCGGUGGCUGUGCAGCAGCAAAUCCCACCUCAUGCCAUAAGAAGUCCUCGGAUGGAACUUUGGGAGCCCAACAGGGACCGUGUGAAUGCAGAAAGCUGCUUGAAAUUAAGCAACAACGUGGACUCAAACAAGACAGGAGCAGCCUGCACAAAUGUGCAGCCACCGUGGUCUGUUGCAACCCCUGUGGCCCGUAAUCUGGUGACACGAUUGCCUGCAGCUGAAGAUGAUGGGUUGUUACUGCAUGUGCUGCUGAUGGUGCCUGAUGGGAAGGAUUUUGUUGCUGAAAAUAGUGGACUCCACACUUCUUGUAACGUGUAUUUGAACUGCAAGCUGCUCAACACAGAGGAGGCAACAAGAUCUGCAGUCGUGUGGGGUACAACGCAGCCUACCUUUAAUUUUUCUCAGGUGAUGCCUUUUUCCCUGACUUCCAAACACUUGGAGCGACUGAAGAACAACAUCAUGGUUAUUGAAGCAUGGAACAAGGUGGGAAACCCUGGUAGUGACAGACUGCUGGGAUUGGUGAAACUGCCUCUGCAUCAGUUUUACAUCUCAUUCAA